AUGGAGAAAAGUGAGAAUUAUUUAGCUAUUGUAUAUGAAUUUUUAUAUUAUCUAUCAAUAUUUUUAUUGUAUUUUAUUGAUCCAAAGUUGGAAAAACAAUGGGACAAUGUAUAUAAACUUGAAAUUAAAGUCCCAUCUAAAUAUAAAGGAUCAAUUUUUGAAUUGGAAAAAUAUUUUGAAUCACAGUUGGAAGAAAGAGUUAAAGAUUUUUCAACGGGAUCAGUAUUGUUGAUUCAGAAUGGUUCAGAGAGAGCAAGUUCAAUGGUUAGAGCAAUCACUGCAGCAAGAAUGUCCCAUUGUGCCAUCUAUUUAGACCCAUCAUUUGCAUCGGCCGAAUUAAUUCCCAAUCUAUCACCUACCCUGUUGAAUCGCCCACUGUUGUGGCAAGCAGCAGGUGAAAAACAAUCAAGUGAAUAUGGAUACAAGUCUGAAGGACCAGAUCUUCACUCGAUGGCUAGAUUCUUGGCAUACUAUGUCACUGUGUAUCCAAAAUCUAGAUUUGUUCUUCGUCCACUCAAACAACAAAUGUCAUCGGCCAACAUUGAAACGAUUAAACAAUUUGUUGCCAAAAGUGCAGACCAACAAAAACAACUAUUUUGUUCCAACAUCCAACUUACCUGGAUCCAUCAUACAGCCCUCAAACCAUUUAGAUUCCUACAAUUUUUAGAUCAUCUCUUUAUUUCGGAAAACAAGAAUAGAGACGAUUACACAUUUUGCAGUAAAUUGGUUGCAGAGACUUAUAAACAUGUAGAUAUCAUUCCAAAAGAUAUUGACAGCAAUGCUUUCAACCCAAGUCAUUUCUCCAUGCCCAAUAUGACUGACAUUUUUUCAACCAAAGAAACAGAAAUUGUAUUUAAUUAUGUUUAA